CUGAACACUAUUCAAAUCACCGUUUUUUUGUUUUUUUUUUCUUGCUCCACAAAAUGGCCACCGUGCUGGAUCCCUGUGGCCACGUGACCCGCUGCCCUCUAGUGAGUGCUAAUUAGACCAGAAACAUCCCACAGCAUCUCCAAGCUCAGGAACUGAGGACGAAGAAAGAACAGAAAGGAAGGAAAAUGAGACUCUGUGCUCAGGAGAGAAUGGGGGAGACGGGAGGCCUAGGUUCAUUUUGAAAGCCUUGUUGCUGAAAGGCAGGAAGAGACAAGGCCCAGUUCUCGCAAGAUUUUCGAGACUGAGGCUAGGGUAUUCACAAAGAACAAGGGAAGGAAGCACAAACGGAAUAAGACAUCAUUUGAUACCCACCCCCGCCCCUCCCAGUGGGCUCCAACGCAGGACAAUGAAGGGUGAUGGCUGUAAGUAGGAAAUCUCGCGAGGUUAGGAAGGCACUGAGCGGGGGAAAUCUCGCGAUGUUAGAAAUCAACGCCAGCGCGACCGCGGAGGAGGGAGUUGGCUCCCGGAGGUGCCCAUGACGACGUGCUUACGAGCGGCCGUGCGUACGAGCUGACGUAGCAGCCUUUGAGUGGCUAGAUUACAUCCGUGGGCCGCGCACGCACGCCAUGCACUCCGGAGCCGCCACCGUUCUCGUGCGGGAAGGCGUUUGUGGCGAAGCUAACCCUCGCUCAGAGGUGGCGGCGGAAGACUCGCGGUCUCCGUACCCUUCAGGGAUGAGUCAUGUGGCGGUCGAAAAUGCUGUUGGGCUGGACCAGCAGCUUUCGGGCCUAGACUUGAACGCUUCUCCGGAGAGUCAGGCCGGAGGAAGCACGGCCAGCAAAGGCCGCUACAUCCCUCCUCACUUAAGGAACCGAGACGCGACCAGGGCGUGUUACGACCGGGACGGUUUAGGGUGGAGCUCCAGUAAGGAGAAGGAUGCCUACAGCAGUUUCGGGUCUCGCAGUGAUUCGAGGGGCAAGUCCAGCUUCUUCAGCGACCGCGGAAGUGGGUCCCGGGGAAGGUUUGACGACCGGGGACGGAGCGACUACGAUGGCGUCAGUAGCAGCCGCGGAGACCGAAGCGGCUUCGGCAAGUUUGAACGCGGUGGGAACAGUCGCUGGUGCGACCGAUCGGACGAAGAUGACUGGUCCAAGCCCCUCCCACCGAGCGAACGCUUGGAGCAAGAACUCUUUUCUGGAGGUAACACGGGGAUUAACUUUGAGAAAUACGAUGACAUUCCUGUGGAAGCGACGGGCAACAACUGCCCUCCACACAUCGAAAGUUUCAGCGACGUUGAGAUGGGAGAAAUUAUCAUGGGAAACAUUGAACUUACCCGUUACACUCGCCCGACUCCCGUGCAGAAACAUGCGAUUCCUAUUAUCAAGGAGAAAAGAGACUUGAUGGCUUGUGCCCAAACAGGGUCUGGAAAAACUGCAGCGUUUCUCUUGCCCAUCUUGAGUCAGAUUUAUUCAGAUGGUCCAGGGGAGGCCUUGAGAGCCAUGAAGGAAAACGGAAGGUAUGGGCGCCGCAAACAAUACCCAAUCUCCCUAGUGUUGGCACCAACCAGAGAACUGGCAGUGCAGAUCUAUGAGGAAGCCAGGAAGUUCUCGUACCGAUCUAGAGUUCGUCCUUGUGUGGUUUAUGGUGGUGCCGAUAUCGGUCAGCAGAUUCGAGACUUAGAACGUGGGUGCCACUUGCUAGUAGCCACACCCGGCCGUCUAGUGGAUAUGAUGGAAAGAGGAAAGAUUGGAUUAGAUUUCUGCAAAUACUUGGUGUUAGAUGAAGCUGACCGGAUGCUAGAUAUGGGGUUUGAGCCCCAGAUACGUAGGAUAGUUGAGCAAGACACCAUGCCUCCAAAAGGUGUCCGCCACACUAUGAUGUUUAGUGCUACUUUCCCGAAGGAAAUACAGAUGCUAGCCCGUGAUUUCUUGGAUGAAUAUAUCUUUCUGGCUAUAGGAAGAGUUGGGUCUACUUCUGAGAACAUUACGCAGAAAGUAGUUUGGGUAGAAGAACCAGACAAACGAUCGUUUCUGCUUGAUCUCCUCAAUGCCACAGGGAAAGAUUCACUCACCUUAGUGUUUGUGGAGACCAAAAAAGGUGCAGAUUCCCUGGAGGAUUUCUUAUACCACGAAGGGUAUGCAUGUACCAGCAUCCAUGGAGACCGUUCUCAGAGAGAUAGGGAAGAGGCCCUCCGCCAGUUCCGUUCCGGAAAAAGCCCAAUUCUGGUGGCUACAGCAGUAGCAGCAAGAGGGCUAGAUAUUUCAAAUGUGAAACACGUGAUCAAUUUUGAUUUACCUAGUGAUAUUGAAGAAUAUGUCCAUCGCAUUGGCCGCACAGGACGUGUAGGAAACCUCGGCCUUGCUACUUCAUUCUUAAAUGAGAGGAACAUAAAUAUUACUAAGGAUUUAUUGGAUCUUCUUAUUGAAGCAAAACAAGAAGUGCCAUCUUGGUUAGAAAACAUGGCUUUUGAAUACCACUACAAAGGUAGCAGUCGUGGACGUUCAAAGAGCAAUAGGUUUAGUGGAGGCUUUGGUGCUAGAGACUAUCGCCAAAGUAGUGGUGCCAGCAGUUCCAGCUUCAGCAAUAGCCGUGUGAGCAGCAGCCGCAGUGGUGGAGGUGGCCAUAGCAGCAGCCGAGGAUUUGGUGGAGGUGGCUAUGGAGGUUUUUACAACAGUGAUGGAUAUGGAGGAAACUAUAACUCCCAGGAGGUUGACUGGUGGGGUAACUGAGCCUGCUUUCCAGUAGGUCACCCUGCCAAACAAGCUAAUAUGGAAACCACAUAUAACUUAGCCAGACUAUACCUUGUGUAGCUUCAAGAGCUCAAAGUAUAUUACCAGCUGUGAUUCUCCAAAGGGAAAAAAAAUUGAGAGCUCAAGGUCACAAGAAAAGACAAAAAAAAAGGCACAAUCAGCAGCCCUCUUUGGAAGGUGGUUUGAAAAUUUAUUGCGUUAGUUUGAAUUAACUCCCCUCUCGCCUUACCCUCAAACUACAUUUAUAAUUUUGUGACUGACAAUCAUUUGUUUGUUAAUAUACUGUGCCUUUAACUUUACACAACUUUUUAUUUUGAUAUCUUGUUUGCUCAGUAAUGCUCCAGAUAUCAAUUGUUUUGACAAAUUUGCUGAACUUGAGCUAAAAUAAAAUUUAAAAAAAAGCACCAAGUCUGAGAUUGAAUGUACUAGACUGAAUGUAUACUUCAUGUGCUUUCAUGCAUACACAGGUUAAAAAAACCCUUAAAAUAGUAUCUAUAAUUUCAUAAACUGACGUUAGUGCUAAUUUACAGAUAAUACAGUUUUACAAUGUGCUCACAAAUUUCUACAAGUUAUACCUACAGAGUGAGCGAAUAACUGAUUUAAGAUUGGCCACAAUCUCAAAAUGCAGAGUAUGUGUUUUCAUAAUGAAAAGAUUUAACUGUUUUGAACUUUCACAUUAUUUUAAAGCUCAUAUUUAGUGCACUAAUAAGUGUUAACAUUUCAUGAAAAUAAGAGUUUUUGUUUUGGGGAACCUACUUAAUACUGUGAUCAUUAGGAUAUAGUAAAAUGCUGGUCCAGUGCCCAGGCCCUAAGUUCAAGUCCCAGGCACCAUCCCAGAACUUUUUGGCUCAAGGCUAGUGCUCUACCACUUGAACCACAGUUCCACUUUAGGCUUUUUAGAUAGUUAAUUGGAGUUAGGAGUCUCAUGGGGAAAGCUGAGGCUAGCUUUGAACCACCAUCCUCAGAUCUCUCAGCCUCCUGAAUAGCUACACCCAGUUGUACCUUUAGCUGAGAAAAUUAGAAUACAAAUGUAUGUAAUAAAAACCUUGAAAUAAUUAAAUGGAAAAUAAUAACAACUAAAGGGAUCAUUUGUGGGAGGGAUAGAGUGGAAAUAAUGAAAACUAGACUUUUCUAAUGAUGUAUGUUUUUAAAAAUAAUUGCAACUUAUAAAAAGUGCCUGCUUUGCAAAGUGUAAGGCUCUGAGUUCAAAUCCCACUACUGUAAGAAAAAAAUGCAUGAGUAAAUAUUUAAAAGGAAAGCUAAGAAAAAAAUAGACCCUAUAAUUGAGAACAAACCCAAAGCAUAACAAAGUGCACUAACAACAUUGGUCACUGCAAGUAAAUAAAAUGUUAAAAAAAAUGUAAGUCUUAAAAUUUGUUUAACAGUUUUACUAUUUUAUUUUUCAGGGCUAUACAUAGAUUUUAUUUCAGGCUUAAAUACAGAAGUUAAGAAUUGCUCCUUAACUGCAAGGAAAGGUGAUAAUGUGGGGACAUUGGGUUCACAUUCUCAUACAAAUGUUUUUUUCUUCCCUAAUCUCAAGAUUGUUGGUCCUACAGUAAGCCUGAGAAAUGAGUUACUCAAAAUGGCAUGCUAAAACACUAAAGAUCUAUUUUGGUCUCUGUGCAGUACCUAACCUCUGAUUGGUAAUGUUCCUUGGUGUGAUCUUGUAACAUACAAUUCAGUUGAGAUAAUUUGUACUUAAGAGGAAAUUCCUGGUCAUACUUUAGGAGCUAGAACCUUUUCUGUGAAAGUGGUUGCUUUCAAUAGGCAUUUAAGGGUAGCCACAAUCUUACAAGAAUUGAUUUUCUAGGGGGUGCAUUUUCACUAUUUUGCUGUAGAACCGUCAGUUCUGAAAAUUUGAAACUGUUACUCAGAUAUUCUUAGGAUAUAGAAAAUAGCCAUAAAUAUAAAUUAAAUCCAAGUCAAGAAUAACCUUAUGUUUAAUUUCAAUUGUUCAAUUAAGUUCAUUAUGAACUCAGAUGGUGAACAAACAUAACUGCAUCCACUUGAGUACUAGAGUAAAGAUACUCUAAAGUGAGCACUGUGAACUUGCAGGUGCUGGUUUCUAAGAACCAUUCCCAACUAAGGAAGCCAGGGAUUCAUGGUAAAAUGGCUGGUUUCAGGUAUGGUACUGAAAGUACAAAGUGAACCAGGGAUUGCUUGUUGGGCUAGAGAGUGAAAGAAAAUCAUUUAAAGAUAAUGGAGUAUUUCAGAAGGACAGGAAUGCAUUUGAAAGGCCUUUUAACUGGUUAAUUUCAUGACCAUUCGAACAUCAAAAACAGGCUGUAGCAGAGAAAAAAACUAACAUAAGUCCAGCCAUAGUUGAAAAAUCUACAUUUCUACGAUUGGAGGUAAUUUAUUAUCCUAGCUACUUAUUUUG